AUGCCGAUGUCAACGCGGGCCAGGCUCAGGAAUCCGUUUGCCUCCAGAACACCACGCAAACACAAGGAUGUUGCCAAACCUAAAUUGUUUCUCUUCAUACUCUUGGUCCGCUUGGUCAACGCAACAACACUAGAAACAUACUUCCAAGCAGACGAGUUUUACCAAUGCUUGGAACCUGCGCAUAGGCUAGUCUACGGGUAUGGGUACCUCACGUGGGAGUGGCAUCAGAAGUUGCGGUCAUCGAUUCAUCCGCUUAUAUACGCCCUUGGCUAUCUUGUGGCUGGUGAAAACAGGUUUCUAAUUCGCCAGAUGCCCAAGGUCAUAGGUGCAGUCGUUGCUAGUGUUGGCGAUUUCUAUUUGCAUGAAUUUGUCCAAGUGUACGACAACGAUGGUGGUGGUGGUGGUGGCAACUUGGGGUGGGUGGCGUUGUGUUUAUCCUUGCUUAAUCCAUUCAAUUGGUACGUUUCGACGAGAUCAUUCUCAAACAACUUGGAAACUACGUUAACUAUAGUGGCCCUACGCUACUGGCCGUGGGAUCACGAGAUUGGAAAAGGGUCGUGGUACAUCAGUUUAGCUUGCGGUGUAGUCAGCUGCAUUAUCCGACCGACAAAUGCAUUGAUUCAAAUCCCCUUGGGGAUAUGGCUCUUGGUCAACACCAGGAUAUCUAGAACAUCUGCUGAAUGGAUCUACUUGUCAGUGCUUGUAGUUUUGGCGAUAUUGGCGUUGAGCACAGGGUUGGACUACUUGUUCUAUGGGGAGUUGACGUUCCCACUUUACAAUUUUCUCGAGUUCAACGUGAUAAAAAACUUGUCGAUAUUCUAUGGAGUUGCACCGUGGCAUUUUUAUAUCGCACAAGCCAUUCCCUUGAUGAUGAUGACUUAUAUUCCGAUGCUUGUCUAUGGCAUCAGAUGCAGCAUUUUACUCGCCACGAGUUUGAUUUACCUAGCGGGGCUUUCACUACUCCAACAUAAGGAGUUUAGAUUCAUUUUGCCACUUCAGCCGAUUAUGUUGUACUAUGCGGCGCGGGGCUACCGCAAGUUGAAAGCAAAGUAUUUGGUUAUCUUGGGGGUAUUUGCAAAUAUUGCAAUUGCCCUAUUCUUUGCCAAUGUGAAUGAGCGAGGCGUGAUGGACCUUGUGGAUUUUCUCGAGUCAACCAACUCAUCGGUGGGCUUUGUGAUGCCUUGUCACUCUACGCCAUGGCAAAGCCAUUUUCACAAUCCCGAUUUACAAAUGUGGUUCUUGACUUGUGAACCUCCUCUCCACUUGAACGCGCCUACAUUGGAUGAGAUCAAGGCAUAUAGAGAUGAAAGCGACCAGUUCUACGAUGAUCCUGCCGGGUUUUUGGCAAGACGUUUCGGAACGGACUUGGUUGAGCCUGAAUACGUUGCCAUAUUCCUGCCUUUGGAAAAAGUCAUUGAUCAGGAAUUAGGAGGCAGAUAUAUCGAGAGCAAUCGGUUUUUCAAUAGUUAUUUUCAUUGGGAUGGUCGGCGAAAUGGUGACAUUGUCUUGUAUAGAAAGAUUGAUCACAACCUUGAGUGA